UGGUGACUUUGGCUCUGGCCGUCCUGAGUCAGGGCCCCAGCCUUCCACACAGUGCCUUUUGGAGGCAAAGGGUCUCGCUCUGGGGUUAGCAGCCCUCACGUGCAGCCUUGAGUGGCCCCUUCCUGCAGCGAGCACCCUGUACAGACAUAGCAGUCCUGUGUUUGGCUCAGGCUCAGGUCCUUCUCACAGAUGAGGAGAGACACCCCCCCCCCAGAUGGAGAAGGGAGGGGAGCAUCAGCAGGGGCAAGAACUGAGAGUGGCGAAGGACUCACCCCACCUGGCCUGUCCUAGAUCUAGCCGAUGAGGCCCGGGUUACUCAAUGGCUAUGGAUGUUGAAGCAGCCUAGGAGGGAAGGGAAAUGAAUAUGGAUGUCCUGCUGGACUGAAAUGGGCCAGACAAUUGCAGCAGCUUCUGCAGUGGACAUUGUUGCGGGGGCACAAGCAGAGGUGUAGAUGGGACAAUGAGAACCAGGUGGCCCAAGCCCCAGGCCUGCUUGCUAGGUAAGCAGCUUGCUUCUUUGAGCCUUAGUUUCUUCAUCUGUCAAGUACAGAGUGCUGCUUCUCUGUCUCCAGUGCUGUCUCCAAGGAGGGUAUUAUCACAGGACCAGGACCAGCAAAUCAACACCCCCAGGCCAUGUAGCGCCGGGCAGGAUGGCUGCUGCUGCUCUACAGAGGCUGAGCUUCUGCUGAGAUCCUGGGUCAUAAGGAAGGGUUGAAAACCUUGGGGGCACUCUGCAAAUAUCUCAACAGGUGGGAAUGACUUAGCCCUGCUCCUGGGGCACAAAGACUACCUGCUUGGGUGAGUGGCAUCAGUCAGCUGGUGGGUCUCUGGGUUUCUCCUAAUCAGACAAGGUCAAAACAGAAUGAAAACACAGCUUGCCUUCAUCAUCACCAGUUACAAGCAGCCAACACAUCCUCUUUCUCCCCAAGCAUUACUCAGUCCUGGUUACUGAUCAACCCGCUGCUGGCUUCCUCGUUGGGCAGCCUCCCUGGUACUAUAUACUUUUAUUGUUCUGACCAGGCCUGGAUCUUGGAAAGUGUUUGCAUUUAUAAUUUCACAAUCAAGGAACCAAUGUCAUCUCCCAGAAAGGGAAACUAAGCUACGGAGAAGGCCGCGCUCUCAGGCCCCACUCAGCUCCCUCAAUGCAGAAUGAGAUGAUUGGCCCACAAGAGAGAAAAAGCAAGAAAACCGUAAGAGAAGACGGUAGGGGGAUGCAGUCCUAGGGUUGAUUUUUUUCUUUCAAGGGCGUGUCUCUAAGUAUGUUGUCAAGGACAGAUAAUGGUAGCUGUCCCUUUAUGAGGUCCCCACAGACCAGAUUAUCUCUAGUUAGGAGAAUAGCAGGGGUCGGUUUCAGUUGGCUUCCUGCCUUACACCUUACAGCUCCUCUCCUUGCCACAACUUUCAGCCUCCCAGCGCGCCCGCGGGGCUCUCUGCUUCCCUCUGGUGGCAGAAGCGCAAAGCGCGGAACCUUAGCGCAGAAAAACCCCAAAACACCGAACACAACGCCGGGAAAGUUGGCACGGACCCGGGUACCUAAGGGGCUGGCGCUGGGGCAAAUGCCCAGCAAACAUGCUGUUAUCACCAAAUCAUAUUUUCUGGGAAACCCGGGCCCAAGGAAAGUGAAUGUCCGCACAUUGGUAUUGAGAGAAUGGGGAUCCCAGAGGUCAGAGAGUCACCCGCACAGCCAGGACCCCUGCGGCCGAAGCUGGGAAGCGCCAGAUCCUCGCACUGCGGUAGUUUGGAGUUAGUUUUCCUCCCAGCGCACGUAGGGCUGGAGCGGAGCCGCAGGCUCCAAGGCGGAGGUCGCUGUGUCUGGGAGGAGCAGGGCGCGCCCGGGGGCGGGACGUGACGCACCUUGGCUGGGAGGCGCCAGCCCCGGCGCUUCGGCCAGCUGCAUAUAAGGGCGGUGUGGGGCGCUGAAAGCCAGAGCUCGCUGUCUCCAAGCGCCCAGCCAAGCUCUAGCGGUCCUGAAGCCAAGCCCUUCCACCACUCCCGAGCCUCUGCCUUCUCUCGGCCCCGCAUCUGCCCCCGGGGUCUCUCUGCCCAAUGAAACUGGCCGCGAUGAUCAAGAAGAUGUGCCCGAGCGACUCUGAGCUGAGUAUCCCUGCCAAGAACUGCUACCGGAUGGUCAUCCUCGGCUCAUCCAAGGUAGGCAAGACCGCCAUCGUAUCGCGCUUCCUCACGGGCCGCUUCGAGGACGCCUACACCCCUACCAUCGAGGACUUCCACCGAAAGUUUUACUCGAUCCGCGGCGAGGUCUACCAGUUGGACAUACUGGACACGUCCGGCAAUCAUCCAUUCCCUGCCAUGCGGCGCCUCUCCAUCCUCACAGGAGACGUUUUCAUUCUGGUGUUCAGCUUGGACAACCGCGACUCAUUCGAGGAGGUGCAAAGGCUCAAACAGCAGAUUCUGGACACCAAGGCGUGUCUCAAGAACAAAACCAACGAAAAUGUGGACGUGCCCCUGGUCAUUUGCGGUAACAAAGGGGACCGGGACUUCUACCGCGAAGUGGAGCAGCGGGAGAUCGAGCAGCUGGUGGGCGACGACCCUCAGCGUUGUGCCUACUUCGAGAUCUCGGCCAAGAAGAACAGCAGCCUGGACCAGAUGUUCCGUGCGCUCUUUGCCAUGGCCAAGCUGCCGAGCGAGAUGAGCCCUGACUUGCACCGCAAGGUGUCCGUGCAGUACUGCGACGUGCUGCACAAAAAGGCUCUGAGGAACAAGAAGCUUCUGCGUGCAGGCAGCGGCGGCGGCGGCGACCCCGGAGACGCCUUUGGAAUCUUGGCGCCCUUUGCGCGCAGACCUAGCGUGCACAGCGACCUCAUGUACAUUCGUGAAAAGACCAAUGUCGGUAGCCAGGCCAAGGACAAGGAGCGCUGUGUCAUCAGUUAGGUGCCCCCAGCAUCGGCCACACAACCUGAGGACCUUUUUUGUUCAAAAGUCAAAUCAGAUUCCCGGGCUAGCCCGCGCGCUACGUGCCAUGAGGGUGCCAACUGGCCUUCUCCCUCGCUUCCUGCGACCUAGCCCUGCGUACCGGGAGACGCUGCCAGACCAAUAAGGGACAGUCAUCUGUUGGGAAAGGAAAGAGAACUGGCUAAGACUGGACUCUCUAGCCACUGAUACCCCCCGCUGGUGCCUGCCCUCACUUGUGGGAUGCCAGGACCCAGCAGAGGUACUUGGCUUUUUUCUCAGACUUGAGAAUGAGAGUGUGUGAAGUUCAUCAGCCUGUGAGACUUCAAGUAUCGGUCCUGCCUGCUGAAGGGCCAGGACCAACAAGGCAUUAUCCUGUCUGUGAUUGGUGUUGCCAUGACAGCUGUCAGCCACUUCAGCCCUCCGCGACUGGAAACUUUGGCGCGAGGUGGGGGUUCAAUCAUAGGCAAGAGACUUGUUUACAUGUGUGUGUGGAAUUGCUCAAAGAAAAAACACAAAACUUGCACUUUAAUUUAGUUCCAGUGUCAACAUGACAUGAACAAAAUCUCUA